AUGAGGAUUUCUGGUGACCAGUUUCUAUUGAUAUUGUCUGUCUUUCGGGGACUCACAAUGGGGGCUUUCCCAAGCAGUGUACAGAUCGGCGGCCUGUUCAUCAGAAACACGGAUCAGGAAUACACAGCAUUUCGCCUGGCCAUCUUUCUGCACAAUACCAGUCCCAACGCGUCCGAGGCCCCCUUCAACCUGGUGCCUCAUGUGGACAACAUCGAGACGGCCAACAGCUUUGCUGUCACCAAUGCCUUCUGCUCGCAGUACUCACGGGGCGUCUUCGCCAUCUUUGGCCUGUAUGACAAGCGUUCUGUGCACACACUGACGUCGUUCUGCGGGGCGCUGCACAUCUCCCUCAUCACGCCCAGCUUCCCCACCGAGGGAGAGAGCCAAUUCACGCUGCAGCUCCGGCCCUCCAUCCGUGGGGCGCUGCUCUCGCUGCUCGACCACUACGACUGGAACAAGUUUGUCUUCCUCUAUGACACCGACCGGGGGUACGCCAUACUGCAGGCCAUCAUGGAGAAGGCGGGCCAGAACAGCUGGCAGGUGAGCGCCAUCUGCGUGGAGAGCUUCGAUGACGCUGCCUACCGUCGCCUCCUGGAGGACCUGGACCGACGGCAGGAGAAGAAGUUUGUCAUCGACCUUGAGGCGGAGAGACUCACCAACAUGCUGGAGCAGAUUGUCAGUGUCGGAAAACAUGUCAAAGGCUACCAUUACAUCAUGGCUAACUUGGGUUUUAAGGACAUCAACCUCGAGCGCUUCAUGCAUGGCGGGGCCAACGUGUCGGGCUUCCAGCUAGUGGACUUCAGCAACCCCAUGGUCAUCAAGCUGAUGCAGCGCUGGAACAAGCUGGAUCAGAGGGAGUACCCGGGCUCCGACAGCCCCCCGAAGUACACAUCGGCUCUGACCUACGAUGGCGUGAUGGUGAUGGCGGAGGCCUUCAGGAACCUGCGUAGGCAGAAAGUGGACAUCUCUCGCAGGGGGAACGCUGGGGACUGUCUGGCCAACCCCGCCGCCCCAUGGAACCAGGGCAUCGACAUGGAGCGCACCCUCAAACAGGUCCGGUUGCAGGGAUUAACAGGUAAUGUCCAGUUUGACCACUAUGGACGCAGGGUCAACUACACCAUGGACGUGUUUGAGCUGAAGAACAACGGACCCAGACGGAUGGGUUACUGGACGGAUUCAGACAAGCUGGUUCUGAUCCAGAAUGAAGCCCUCCUUCCCAAUGAAAUCCUGGAGAACAGAACUGUUGUAGUCACCACUAUCAUGGAGGGUCCCUAUGUCAUGUUGAAGAAGAACUCGGAGUUGUACGAGGGCAACGACCAGUAUGAAGGCUACUGCGUGGACCUGGCCUCGGAGAUCGCCAAACACAUUGGCAUAAAGUACAAGAUCGCUAUCGUGCCCGACGGAAAGUACGGCGCCCGGGACCCGGAGACCAAGAUUUGGAAUGGCAUGGUUGGGGAGCUGGUGUACGGGAAAGCGGAAAUCGCUGUGGCCCCAUUGACAAUCACGCUGGUCCGUGAGGAGGUGAUCGACUUCUCCAAGCCCUUCAUGUCGCUGGGCAUCUCCAUCAUGAUCAAGAAGCCCCAGAAGUCCAAACCUGGGGUUUUCUCCUUCCUGGACCCGCUGGCCUACGAGAUCUGGAUGUGCAUUGUGUUCGCCUACAUCGGCGUAAGCGUGGUGCUCUUCCUGGUCAGCCGUUUCAGCCCGUACGAGUGGCACACCGAGGAGCCCGAAGAGGGUACCGACGGUCCGCCCAGCGACCAGCCCCCCAACGAGUUUGGCAUCUUCAACUCCCUCUGGUUCUCCCUAGGUGCCUUCAUGCAGCAGGGAUGUGACAUCUCCCCGAGGUCUCUGUCGGGGCGUAUUGUGGGUGGUGUGUGGUGGUUCUUCACACUCAUCAUCAUCUCCUCCUACACGGCCAACCUGGCUGCCUUCCUCACAGUAGAGAGGAUGGUGUCGCCUAUAGAGAGUGCUGAGGACCUGGCUAAACAGACAGACAUCGCCUACGGUACCCUAGACUCCGGCUCCACUAAAGAGUUCUUCAGGAGGUCAAAGAUCGCGGUCUACGAGAAGAUGUGGGGCUACAUGAAGUCAGCCGAACCGACUGUGUUUACCAAGAACACACAGGAGGGGGUUGUACGUGUGCGGAAGAGCAAAGGGAAGUACGCUUUCCUAUUGGAGUCAACCAUGAACGAGUACACGGAACAGCGGAAACCCUGCGACACCAUGAAGGUCGGCGGCAACCUGGACUCCAAAGGAUACGGAGUGGCCACCCCCAAGGGUUCACUGUUAAGAACGCCGGUAAACCUAGCCGUGUUGAAACUGAGUGAAUCAGGCGUCUUAGACAAGCUGAAAAACAAAUGGUGGUACGAUAAGGGCGAGUGUGGACCCACGGCCUCAGGAAGUAAGGACAAAUCGUCCCAGGCCCUGUCGUUGAGCAACGUGGCGGGGGUCUUCUAUAUCCUUGUGGGGGGCCUGGGUCUGGCCAUGCUGGUGGCCCUCAUCGAAUUCUGCUACAAGUCCCGGAACGAGGCCAAGCGAAUGAAGCUGACCUUCACGGAGGCCAUGAGGAACAAGGCACGCCUGUCGAUCACAGGCAGUGUGGGGGAGAAUGGGCGCGUCCUGACGCCCGACUGUCCCAAAGCGGUCCACUCGGGCCCCUCACUCCGCCAGAGCUCCGGCCUGGCCUUGGUCUCCUCUGAGCUCCCGUGAAAACCAAAAACCUUCCAAGUGCCUUAAAAACGACCAACCCACAACCACCAUAUACCACAAAGACACAGGACAAACACCACCCAAAUCGGACACCACCACCAGUGUGUGGGCAGACAGGGACUAACUAACAUUGUGGAAGUUUUUUAAAAUAGCAGAAAUUGGGACUUUGCAAUUUGAGUAUGUAGUGAAUCUGUGGCCAUUUUGGAUGGAGUUCUGUGGAAAAGUACAAUCUGGAUUUUUACUGUGUGGCCAAGUGAGGGCUAUUUGUAAUCGAGCUGCCAUUUUCGGGUGCAGAGGUGGAGAUUGCAUCUGAGAUGUUCCACUGAAGACCCUGUGCCAACUUAUCAUUGCAAUCACUGGCGAAGGAAGAGCAGGAGGAAUUGAGAGUGAAGUGAAAAUGAAAAAUAAAGGAAGACCAGAAAACUUGAAACAUGUAACUGUGGAUCAGUGGGUUGCUGACUGAAUUGGCAAACUGAAUCACAAUCAAGAUUGUUUUUCAAAUGUGGACAAUUGUUACCAGACGAGAGCAGUGUUCAAAAGACAACUGUCAGACAACAAUCUCACUGAAUAUCAAUAACUGACAUGUGGGGGAGUGUCUCCCGUUGUCAUCAUGGAGAUAAAAACUAUAAUUAUUAAUAAACUACAAUAACUCUAUUGAUAAUACAUAUAAGAUAAAUAAACUGUGAAGAUUUAGUAAAUAUGUAUAUUCUGUGAAGACAAAGCUAAAGAAAACAGAUGUUCUGUACAUAGAGGAGACAGUAUAACAUGCUUGCUUUUUAAACAGAUGUAAAUAGCUGAUUCAGUAGUGGACAGAGGGCAGUUCUCUUUUUGUAACCAUCUUUAAAUAAAUAAUUCAUCGCAAUAAUGGAUAAGACGACGUUGUUGAAAAAGGAGAGACAUUGAGACAGCGUUUAUUCCUUCAACGUUCAGUUCAGAGCGUCAUGUUCCAUGGGCAUAGUAUCAACUCUGCCCAUCUAGAUACCUGUUCUCUACAUAUUAAUAUAUUCAGCGAUGAAUGUUAAUUAGUCCCAUCCUCAUCCUCUAGCAUCAUCCCCAUCAUCUUGCCCCACCCCAUCCUCUAGCCACACCCCAUCAUCUUGCCCCACCCCAUCCUCUAGCCACACCCCACACUGUGCAGUCAUAGACCAGAAGUGGCUGAUAGACCGAAUUUUAUGUUUAGAUGCUUUACUUGCGUUUCCACUAGAAAACAAACAAUAAUUUUUGUGUCUUUUGAUCUAUUUUUUUGUAACGAUCAAUUACAUUUAAAAUUACUGUCCGUCUCCUGAUUUUUCAAUGUUUUUUCAAUGUUCGCGGCUGUUGAACGUCUUAUCUGGGUAGAUAUUUUAGAUUAUUGUGUAUGGAGAGUAUAAUGCUUUUUUUAAUGUGAAAUGAGAAACGCAAUUUUUUCCUCAUUGCUAUAUUAUUUCACGAGUCAAAGCUUAUAUAAACAGUAUUUAUUGAGUAAAAAAGAAGAAGAAGAAGAAUAUUUGUGUUAUUGAGCCAUGGUCAAAGCUUUGGACCUCUUGGUCCCUAACACUGUGGAUCCUCACUGUGGAUCCUCAGUAGAAGAAUCUAUGGUCUACUUCCUCUCAUUGAAGUUAUUAGCGUGCAGUGGAGGUUUCAACACAUGGCCAAUGGAAGGGCAAUCUUUAGGCCCGUGGGCAGCAAUAGGACACUGACUUUUACUGUGUCAUCCUUUUGUCUCUUUCAUUUUCAACUUUUUUGCCCCAAAACCUGUUUCUGCUAUUGUUGUUGUCGGACAAAUAUGUGCAAUGUUAUCAAUGUUUUCAAUUGCUGUCUCUGUCUUUUGCCCUUACACACAUUCACAUACACGUCCAAAUACAUGUACUCGUAGUAGUGGUUGUAGCUUGUAUGGCUGCCUGGGUGAACCCCCACUUCAGCCACCCCUGCACUAACUGUAAUUUUUAUUCAGACAUUUGGA